AUGUUUUUAGCACGUUUUAUAGUCGUUUUUUUAAGUAUAUCUGCCACCCACCUAAUUAGACCGGCAAUCGGCAAAGUAAACACCAAAAGCAAUGCCAUCAUCGAAGACAUUGUAGAAUAUAAAGAUUUUAAGAAACUGUUGCGCACCAAGACCAAUGUCUUAGUUUUGUACACCAGCAAUGUCAAGCAAUCGGCGGAACAGAUAAAAGUCUUCAAGGAGACAGCAGGCAUUGUCAAAGGAACGGGUACAAUGGUGUUAAUGGAUUGCUCAAAUGCUGAAAAGAAGUUGUGCAAGAAAUUAAAAGUUUCCCCCGAUCCGGUUAUAUUGAAACACUACAAAGAUGGUGAUUACCAUAAAGAUUAUGACCGGCAAAUGGUCGUAUCGUCUAUGGUGAAUUUUAUGCGUGACCCGGCUGGGGAUUUGCCAUGGGAAGAAGAUCCUGCUGGCAAGGAUGUAAUACAUUUUGGAGAUUAUGCUUCAUUUUUGAAACAUUUGAAAAAGGAUAUGCGGCCGAUGUUGGUAAUGUUCUAUGUACCAUGGUGUGGUUUUUGUAAGCGACUGAAACCUGAUUUCUCAAAAGCGGCCACAGAACUUAAAAGUGAAGGUUAUGUUUUGGCUGGCAUGGAUGUGGAAAGGCAGGAAAAUGCAUUGGCAAGAAGGGCAUAUAAUAUAACGGGUUUCCCAACCAUUAUUUACUUUGAAAAUGGAAAAUUAAAGCAAAUAUACGAGGGUGACAAUAACAAGGAUGGUAUUGUAUCGUUUAUGCGUGAUCCAACAUCGGUGUUGAUCAAGAAACCCAAGGAGUCUGAUUGGUCUGCUGAUACGAACUCGGAAAUUGUGCAUUUGACAAAACAAAAUUUCGAACCUGCCUUAAAAGAUGAAAAGUCCGUACUCGUGAUGUUCUAUGCCCCAUGGUGCGGCCAUUGUAAACGCAUGAAACCCGAAUAUGAAAAGGCUGCCUUGGAAAUGAAACAAAAACACAUUCCCGGUGUAUUGGCCGCACUUGAUGCAACAAAGGAAUCUGCCAUUGCUGAGCAAUAUGGUGUCAAGGGUUAUCCAACUGUAAAAUACUUUGUUAAUGGUCAAUUUAAAUUUGACGUCAAUGUUAGGGAUGCCGAUAAAGUUGUGGAAUUUAUGAAAGAUCCCAAAGAACCGCCGCCACCACCACCGCCAGAAAAGAAUUGGGAAGAGGAAGAUGAUACCGAGGUGGUCUUCUUAAAAGAUGACAAUUUUGCAACAACAUUGAAACGAAAGAAACAUGCCCUGGUCAUGUUCUAUGCACCAUGGUGCGGUCAUUGUAAAAGUACAAAACCUGAAUUUAAUGCAGCUGCCAAAGCCUUAAAAGAGGAUUCCCGCCUAAUUUUGGCCGCUGUCGAUUGUACACGUGAAACAGCUGUCUGCUCGCAGCAUGAAGUUCGUGGUUAUCCAACCUUUAAAUAUUUUUCAUAUCUCAAAACAAAACAGGAAUAUAAUGGCGGACGUAAGCGUGAAGACUUUAUUGCAUUUAUGAACAAAGCCAACGAAUCAGCUGUACCUAAAUCUAAAUCUAUAGAACAGCAGCAUGAGGAGUUGUAGUAUU